AAUCGGGUAGGCACUAUGUCGCAUUUUAAAACACGUUAACGUGACGUAAUUUAAAUAUGCCAGGUUUGGAAUCAUUUUGAGUCGUGAUCACGGUGAUGGUGGAUCCUGUAAGCAUUUUGCAGAAGUGGGAGGGUGGUCACUCCACAACAGUUCUUUGUGUUGGUGUUGGGACUGAUGGGCUGUUAGUAUCGGGAGCAGAAAAAGGAGCACUCACCCUGUGGAAUGAUGAAGGUGUUAAUCUUGGCCAGCUUAAAUUGGUAGGGGAAGAUGAUGUUACUUGUGUAACAUUUUCCCCUUUAGCCGCCAAUAAAGUAUAUGUUUCUCAUGGAGAAAAUGUUUCCCUCUUGGACACUAGAUUUCUGAAGAACGUGUUAGCUUGCUAUCACAUCAGUGAGGAUGAAAUUAACUGCCUGUCUGUGAAUGAAACUGACAGUUUUUUAGCAGCUGCCGAUGACUUGGGUGCAGUGAAAAUUUUGGACUUGAGCUGUGGGAAAAUAAGGUGCUCCUUGCACAGACACAGCAAUAUCUGCUCAUCAGUGGCUUUCCUUCACAAUAGACCCCAAAGCCUGGUGUCAUGUGGACUUGAUAUGCAGCUCUUUCACCAGAAGAUGACACCAUGUAGCCCAUGUGAUAGAUAGCCAGAGCCAUUACCCAGCCUGGAUGACAGCUGGAUGGAAGGACAAGGGGAGACAGCAUCCACAAGUCAUUACCUUCCCUGGAAUGCUAGAGGGCAGCCGCUCUGUGUGGCUGUGGUAAGCUGGGAAUUGGAGUUUGAUUCAGCCCUACUGGGUUCUUUGGGGGCCGCUAGGGGGAGCUGCAGAGAUGGCAAAGCCCUGCUAUGCUGGGCUCUCGCCUCACCUGGGAGUGAUUCCAGACCUUGCUAACAAGCCACCUGGAGCAUUCCCAGGUGCAGUAUAAAAGGAUUCGGCCACCUUCAUUCAAGUUGGAAGGAACAGGAUGACAUUUGCCAGGGAAGAGUGGAGGCGUAUCAGGAGGAGAGACCACCGAGAAGAAGCAAGCUCUGAAAGACUGGAUCUGAGAGAUAAAUGUCAGGCCCAGGGGCAGCUUGCCCUGUGAAGGUUAUAUGUCUGUCCCAUAUACCUUAAAACAAUCCAAAGAUAUCAAAAAGGUUUGGGGCAUCCACCCGAAUAUUAUGCCCUCACUGCAAAUAGGUAAUUUUUUGAGAGUUGUUCACAGGUCAGAGUUCAAAACAGAACUGAUUUUAGGCUGUUAAAGAUGGCGGCUUUAAAGGCCGAGACAGGAAGUGAUGUCACCGGAACCGGAAGUGAUGCCAUCUUGACCGAAAAUUACAUCAUCAUAUGCGCCAGAACCGGUGAUGAAGUCAUUGGGACUGGAAGUGAUGUUAUCUUAUACGCCGGAAAAGUGACAUCAUGAUAGGCACAAGAAAUGGAAGUAACGUCAUCAUAGGCUCCAGAAACGGUAAUUGACUACAUUAUCGGCACCAGAACCGUGCGGGAUUUCCCAUGGAUGGUCUGCAGAGGAUUAAGAGAGAAAGUCAGUGCACCUCUCCACCCCUUGGUCUGGCGUGGAACUAUUAUUAUUCAUGCCCUUUAGCUGCCUCCCAAUCACAUGUGUGUAACAAACUACUUUAUAGGUGAAGACUGCUCAGAUCCUCGUCUGUGGGUGAAGCAUGCUGACCCAUGGGGCGAUCUCAGAAGAGUUGAUUGAUUAAGAACGUGGCUUGCUGCUCUCUGAAAAACAAACACUGGAGUAGGAUUGCCUGUAGUCUCUCUUCACCAAUGUCUGUCAUUUAGUGGUUGGCCAGUCCACCCUCCCUGAAGCAUGUAAGGGAUUGGAAGAUAUGUGCCGGAACCCUGCUGAUAAUUGGCUGCAGGCAGAGUUGAUGAACGUCCACCCUGAGCCCGAAGGACACUCGUCAGAGCCUACAUAGAAGACGCGCAGAUGUAAAUGACUCUUACCCGAUGGACAAAGACAAGUGAAGUCCGAGUUCUGAAAUAAAUGAUCUUGUGUGGGCUGUACGUGAGUGGGAGAGAGUUCUCCAACCCGUACAGUCUUUAUUGCAGGUGAUCGGCCUGUUGAGGCAGAAAAUAGAGGGUCUGGACAGGAUGGAGGAAGCAACCCUGAAGACGAGGCUGUCCACCCAUGCAGAUGCAGUGGUAUAAGUGAGUGUUUAGUGUACAAUAAAUAAAAAUGGGUCUCUGAGCAAAUUGUCCCCAGAUGUGACAUCUGAAGGGAAAUGAGUAGGAGGAAGUCUGGCAGUUGACGUAUGCAUGAUGACCGAUCACUGGGCAGUGGAGGAGGACAAGACACAGCAGCUAAGUGGUGCUGUCCUCUGGAUCCCCCAGGCCCUCACCAAAUCAGUGGUGGUCACACACAAGUCUAAAGGGAUAAAGACAGCACUGGGUCUCUCUGUAUGACAUAGAAAGACCCAUACUGUUCCUCCGUUCCAGAGCAAAAUGGAGAUCCGCAAGAGAAGUUUCAGGUCUCCUGAUAGCACAACAAGUGAGCCAGUGCACCCACGUGUGCCAGAAAGCCUCGGUCUGCUAAUACGGAAAGAGAAAACGAAUUCGGUUCAGAGUAAGGGGACGCAGCAAUUAUCCGUCCUUCUUUCAAAUCUGCAGGUCGUGGAAGCCAGGAGGGGCCUGGCAUUGCUUCAAGUGUGGUCGGCAGGGGCACGUCUGUAGAUGCUGUCUGUAUCUGUGGUAGAAGGAUGUAAGAAAAUUGCAGCAUGGUAGCAUCUCCCCAUUGCUUUCUUGUUUAUGUUUUACAGGAUGGAGCUGUGGACUAGCUGACUUAAAUAAGAGCUGCCUGACACAGAGAAGUAGUCCAAAAGCACCUCAAAAGCUAGACAUCAUGCCAAGAUCCAAAGAAAUUC